AAAAAAAGUACAGUUAGUGUUAAAUUAGUGGUGGUGUUACAGACAGAGAAUGGGAGAGACAGAGAGAGAAAGGUCUUCCAUGUGUUGGUUCACUCCCCAGAUGACUGCAACAGCCUGAGCUGAGCAAGAGCCAGGAGCUUCUUCUGGAUCCCCAAUGUGGAUACAGGGGCCCAACCACUUGGGCCAUCAUCUCCUGCUUUCCCAGGCAAUAGCAGAGAGCUGGAACAGAAGAGGAGCAGCCGGGACAUGAAGUGGCACCCCAUGGGAUGUUGGAGCCACACUUGGAAACAGCCUACUACCCUACAACACUGGCAACCAGAAAUUUGCUUUUAAUAUAAACUUGUUUAAGUGAAUUAUCCUCAACUUCGAAAGCAAAGUUCAAAAUCUGCCCUUUCAUGAAGAUCCUCUUGACUGUUGAAGAUGAUAGUGAUUAAGAUGUUUGAUCUAUGAGCCCAAACCUUAUUGUGCCACACACGGUAUAUGUUUCUUCAUUCAUUCAGCAGUAAAUACAUUUGCUUGACUAACUAAUGAGGCUCCAAAGAGGCUUAUUUUUCUAUCAGUGGACUUAAUCUAUUGUAGAAGCCUCAAAUGAUAGGCUAGCUUGGGAACAGUUCUUACAAAUACACAAACUUGCAAACCUCAGGAGAUAAGAAACUCUUGGGACUACUGGUCUUCAUAUUUCUAGAUAUUAAAUACUGAGACUGGGAAUGAAAGUCACAGUUCCUUGUUAUCUGUUAAGGAAGAAGUUAUAGUUCAUCCAUCUUAAUUCCUACAGGGAGGAGGGUAAGAGAAACUCACCUGCAUCUUCAGGAGGAAGAGAGUGAGUUUUGGAAUUACGGUGUUCAUCUUGUGUGGCCAUUAAAACGUAUUCUAAAAUCGACUGCUGAUUGUCCACAUAUGAGCCCAAAAGUUUCUGCAUGUUUUCAGGUUACCAAGACAUAGGAGUAGACAAAAGAGGCCAUGGGCAACCAUUUAAGCCUCAUUUGUGCUUUGACCACUGAUCUCAUUUAGUAGACUAGAGCUAAUUCUGUGAAUUAAUAUGUGAAAUUGCCAGCUUUAAACAUAUUUACACAGACAUGACAAUGCACAAAGUGUGUUGAUACCAUUGUCUUACUUGAUUUGCAUGAUAUUUUGAAGCAAGUAUUAUUUUUUUAUGGGUGAAAGCAUGACACACAGAGAGACUCUAAUGAGUCACAUAUUGCAAUGUAAACCUUAAAGCUGGAAUUGGAACUAAAUCUUGUGACUCAUGAUUAGGGCUCUUUUUGCCACCUCUGUACUAAUGGUUUCUUUCUUGAAAGGGAGGCAAUUAAGAUUUGCCAAGUCAGGUUCAGAAAACAGUAUGUAUUCUAGACUUGUGCUGUCUAAUAUAUAACUUCCAGGCACAGGUGGCUACUGAGCAUUUGAAAUGUGGCUAGUUUGACUUUUGUGUUGUUAGGUAUAAAAUACACUAUGGACUUUUAAAAAAGAAUGUAAACUUCAUUAAGAUUUUUAUAUGGAUUACAUAUUGAAAUGAUAGUAUUUUUGGCCACACCAAAUCAGUCUGCAUUAUUAAAAUUGAUUUUAUCUGUUGUUUUUGCUUUUAUAAAAAUAAGUUUCUAGGAAACCUUAAGUUGUCCAUGUGGCCAUGUUAUAUUUCUAAUGUGCAAUGCAAAGCAGACUCUACUUUCAAAAAAUAUCUUCAAUUGUUAUAUGUUUAAUAAUAUUGUGUCAUAUACCAAAAUGUUUAAAAGCCAUCUUACUAUGCAUUCUAAAUUACAUUUUAAAAUGUAUUAAUAUAUAGAGAACAGAUUUCAUGAAUUUUAUAGAUAUGACUCCAAGAAUACAACUGUAUUUCCUCUCUUCCUCCCCCACUGCCUCCUACCUUCUUUCUCUUAAAAAUUUUUUUUUGAUAAUUGCUAACAACACAUGAGUCCCAUGAGUCAGGGUAGUCGUUUAUUUUAGAAGGUACUCAGACAUGCCAUCUAACAAAAUUUCAUCUCUGUUAUUAGUAGUUAAUUAGAUAUAGUAGAUACUGGUUACCAUUUCUAAUUUUUAUGUGUAUUAAGGCAGAUUUGUAUAACACAUCUUCCUACAAACACAACAGCAUAAUAUAAUUUUUUGUAACAAGCUGUUUAAUGUGACUAUUACACUGCUAUAGAACUGAAGCAUUCAAAUACAGGUGGAAAAAUAGUGAUAUAUAAAAUUAUAUAGUUUCUAUGUUUUAUUCAAGAGAGCUUUUCUUGAGAAGAUGAUUAAAGAGAUGAGCUUAAUGUGAUCAUAUAAUGUUUUUGGCACAGAGAUAAAAAAGGGAGAGGUUUAGAGGAGGGAAAAAAAAAAAACAAGAAAGAAAAUUUCAGCUUCAAGAGGGAAUAAUCUAACAUACUACUUCUCAAACUUUGAUGUGUACACAAGCCCUGUCGGGAUCUUGUUAAAACGCAGAUCCUGAUUCAGAAGGGGAUGAGGGUAGGACCUGGAGCUGCACAUAUCUAGCAAGUUCCCCAGGGGUACUGUUGCUGCUGGCCUCUGGAUCACACUGAUAACAAGGACAUGAGCCAAAAAUGUUUGUGGGAAGUGCAAUACUGGAAAGAGAGAUCUAACCAAGAAGAGCAGAAAACAGGACACUGGAAUAAAACAAAGACCAUAGGCAACAUGGAAGACAUGUUUCUUUGAUGGCAUGCUCAGUUGGAUUAGGGGAAUGUGGGAAAAUUAAAUACAUUCUGGGAGUGGUCAGUGUAUUUGUGAUAUUUGGGAUAGAUUAAAGGAAUGCAUGGGAAAACCCAUGAGAUAAAAGCAGAAAACUGCACAUGAGUGCCCUUGAACACUCUUGAUAUUUCUGUGUAGUCUCUGUGACUACACUGUACCUGUGCAUGCUAAUUGAUGCGAGAGGGCAGGAAAGGAAGACUCUGGUGUUUUGGUAAUGGGCACAGGGCAACAGGACACUGUUUUGCAGAUGAUUGCCCAUCUCCAUCCCUGAGGAUGGCAGAAGAGCAGAUCCAAAAAAAUAUAUAUUCUGUGGAAUUUGAAACCUGCUCAGAGCUCAAGUUGCCAAAGAAGACUUCCUUGUCCUAAUAAAGCAAUAACGAUUGUGAUCAAAAUGACUCAAGUGACCUCUUGAAAAGCCAAGGAGUAACGCAGAUCCUGAACUCAGUAACAAGAGAAAAUGCUGACUCAGAUGUCUGAGCAGAUUCCCAUACAAUCUCUGGACACACAUGAGGAGGUGGAGGGGGCUUUGUGAGCUGCUCAACAUUCAGAGAACCAUGGUUAGAUUUCUCAGAGUUAAGGACAUGGCAGAUCCCAGAUCAGGCAAGUCAAAGAAGUGCAACAUCUUUGCCCUCUCCUGAAGAGAGGUGUGUUUGUAGACAGGAAGUGCUGUUUGGGUGCCUCCAUGAGGAACACAGAUAUCUGGGUGUUUGGCGUUUCAAUAUGGCAGCAGUUGAGCAUCAUGAAAUUCUCAGUGGCUUGGUGAGAGGUAGGCUUAUCCCAAAGGACGGCCAAAAAUUCAGAAGAUGGAAACACUUUGGGGAGGUCUGCUGUUAACCAACACCUACAUGUGCUGAAGUAUAAGAAGAAUAAACCUGCCACUUGGGCAUCAACUUACAGUUGGAUGAAAAAUAAAGUGAUCAUGUAAAUACACAUAUUUUCCUGAAAUGUGUUCUGAGCCACACUAGUGUACAGUAUGACUUGAAAAUAAGUAUGGGGAAGAUCUAUUAUCACAUAAGUUUGGAAAAGACUGUCUUAUGGAGUCCUCUAGGAAGACUGAGCCAUCCUUUGGUUAAGUUAACUCUGUAAAUCAUACAAUGUUUGGUCACUUAUUUCAUAUGCCUAUUAGCAACUCCUCAGAACUAAAAUUCUGUGGAACACUCUUGGAAACCUUGACAUAACUGACCUGUUCACAGGAAGUUCUGGAGACGGGGUCAGCCUAGGUAACUGUGUCAUCAACAAAAGUAUCUUCACCCCCAGCCUCCUCUUUAUACACCUCUUGAACUGAUUUGCUUCAGACCCCAGCAUGGUCUGGGUCUUGUCUUCAGCAUUAAUCUUGCCUCUCACUCUGGAGUGAAAGACUGUCAUUUUCUGAAGGAACUGGAGAGACUGGUGGGCAUAGGAACAUGUGUUGAUUGUUCAUAAAAUCUACAAGCAAGGUAGAUGUUCUUAAUGACUAUUUUUCUGGGUGCUGCUUUUUGGUUUUCAUCAUACAAAGUCAAUGUUUCAUAAUUAGAAAGAUCUUGGCCCUGGGGAGUUGGAGAUAAGUGGGAUUCUCUCUGUCUAAUGUGACUCUUUCCCUCUCAUCUUCACAGAAUUAUCAAAGGAGGCUGACUAUGAGAAACCAUUCCACAGUGACUGUUUUUCUCCUUUCAGGCCUCACUGAACAACCAGAGCUUCAGCUGCCCCUUUUCUACCUCUUCCUAGGGAUUUAUGUAGUUACUACUGUGGGAAACCUUGGCAUGGUCGCCAUUAUUAGGUUGCACUCCCAACUUCACACUCCCAUGUACUAUUUCCUCAGCAGUUUAUCUUUUUUAGAUUUCUGCUAUUCUUCUGUCAUCACUCCCAAAAUGCUGGCUGGUUUUUUAUAUGGAGAUAAAGCCAUCUCCUUUUCUGGAUGCAUGGCUCAGCUGUUUUUCUUCUGCAUUUUUGUCAUUUCUGAAUGCUACAUGCUGGCAGCCAUGGCCUACGAUCGCUAUGUUGCCAUCUGUCGCCCACUGCUCUACAACAGCAUCAUGUCCCCGCGGGUCUGUUCUCUACUGGUGGCUGCUGUCUUCUCAGUAGGUUUCACUGAUGCUAUGAUUCAUGGUGGCUGUAUAUUAAGGUUGUCUUUCUGUGGAUCAAACAUCAUUAAACAUUACUUCUGUGACAUCGUCCCCCUCAUUAAACUCUCUUGUUCGAGCACUUACAUAGAUGAACUUCUGAUUUUCAUCAUUGGGGGAUUUAACAUGGUAACCACCAGCCUGACAAUCAUCAUUUCCUAUGCUUUUAUCCUCACUAGCAUCCUCCGUAUUCACUCAAAAGAUGGCAGGUCCAAAGCCUUUAGCACCUGCAGUUCCCACCUGCUGGCUGUUCUUAUGUUUUAUGGGUCUCUCAUGUCCAUGUAUCUCAAACCUGCUCCUAGCAGUUCACUAGUCCAGGAGAAGGUGUCCUCAGUAUUUUACACCACGGUAAUUCCCAUGCUGAAUCCACUGAUUUAUAGUCUGAGGAACCAGGAAGUGAAAAAUGCACUGACAAAACUUUUAAGAAGAAAAAUAUCUUCAUAAGGAAUGUAUUCUUUAUUAAUAUUCAUUGAUAUAUUCAUACCCAUGUUUAUAUGUAUGUGGACAUAAAUAUAUACAAUAUAUGAGGGUAUUUCAAUAAAUUUAUGGAAAAUGGAAUUGAAAAUUUAUUUUGGUAAAACUUGAAAUUCAUGCAUAGAGCAGCUUUCAAAAGUUGAUGGGUGUUAAUAUGAAAAAAACUGUAUAUUUAUAUUUCCAAGAUUAUUUUCACUAAACUAAACUUAUAACUCUGUCUACACCCUUGUGUGUAUUUUGAGAUAAUAAAAUAUAUGCACAAGAGUCCCAAAGGGACAAAUAUCAUAUGUUCUCCCUGAUUGGUGACAACUAACUUAGCACCAAAGGGGAAACCUGUUGGAGUGAAAUGGACACUAUGAGAAACAGUGACUUGAUCAGCCCUUGUCCUGACUGUUGAUGUACAAUGUAAUACUUUAUCCAUUUUAGUAUUUUUUUUGUUCUAGUACUAUUGGUUGAACUCUGUAAUUAACACACAAUUAUUCUUAGGUGUUUAAAUUUUAACUGAAAAGUGAUCCCUGUUAAAUAUAAGAGUGGGAAUAAGAGAGGGAGGAGAUAUACAAUUUAGGACAUGCUCAAUUGGACUUGCCCCAAAUGGUUGAGUUAGAAUUGUGCCAGGGGAUUCCAAUACAAUCCCAUCAAGGUGGCAUGUAGCAAUGCCAUCUCACUAGUCAAAGUGAUACAUUUCAAUUCACAGUUGAUCACAUUGAUAGGUCUAAGAGUCAAAGGGAUCACACAAACAAGACUAGUGUCUGCUAAUACUAACUGAUAGGAUCAAAAAGGGAGAGGAUGAGCCAACAUGGGAAGCAGGAUACACAGCAGACUCAUAGAAUGGCAGAUGUCCUAAAUAGCACUCUGGCCUCAGAAUCAGCCCUUAAGGCAUUCAGAUAUGGCUGAAGAGCCCAUGAG